AUGGAAGACUUUUCUGAUUAUGAAAAUGAAAACUUUGAGGAAGACUAUUACGGCAGCUACGAGCAAGGCUAUCCACAUUCAGACGGCUGGUCGGACGAGGAGGAGGGUGCAGGAGUGUCCCUGUCUGAAUUGUACAGCCUUUGCCUUUUGCCCAGUGUGUCCGAAGGCAUUGUUCACGUCGCUUAUCUUCUCCUUUGGUGCUUUAUCUUUAGAAUCACCACACAAACAGUAAAACUUCCAGUGGUUGCGUGCCAUGCCAUUUCAGCUGCGAGUGGGCUGCUGGUUCUCAAUUUCUUUUUUGGAUCCACAGCCCAUUAUGUCUUAGUGCUAGGGAUCAUUUUCUACCUGAUCCUCUUCUUCACUUCUUUCUCCCUCAACAAGUGGGUUGGUGUUGUUACCAGUGUCUCUUGCAUUGUUAUCUCCAUCCUUUGUGAGUUUUUGCUUGUGAAAAAGACUGAGUGGCACAAAAUCAGGGGUGCCCACAUGAUUGUUGUUAUGAAGGUGAUCUCACUAGCGUUUGACAUGGAAAUGGGCACACAACGCACCUUGCCAUCUCCUGUGGAAUUCGCUGGCUACAUUUUCUCUGUAGGCACAUGCAUUUUCGGACCCUGGGUUCCUUUCAGGGACUACCUGGCAGUUUACAAAAAGCCCGUAUUUAACUUGCAAUGGCUGUGGAGAAUUUUAUUGAGCUUAGCAAUGGCAUUUUUGUUCUUGACUGUCUCAAUGUGCUGGAUAAGCUGGCUGAUUCCCGAUGAUGCUUGGAGAUGGUGGACCGCCUAUCGAGACGCAGUUUCCUUCCGCUCUAGUCACUACUUUGUAUCUUUCGUGUCGGAAGCGUCUGCUUUGAUGGCAGGCUAUGGACUGCAAGAGGACUUGACCUGGAGCGUGCCAGUCUCCAGACCGCACCAUAUUGAAAUCCCGAGGUCUCUGGUCCAGGUCGUCGUCUACUGGAGCAUGCCAAUGCACACAUUUUUAAAACAAUACGUUUUUCGAACAACGCGCCCGUUUGGCAGCUUCGUGGCCAUCAUUUGCACAUACGCCGUCAGCUCUCUGCUUCACGGGAUCAACUUCCAGCUGGCGGCGGUCCUGCUCUCUCUGGGCGUGUACACAUACGUUGAAUUCAUGCUGCGGCAAAAGCUGGCCUCGGUCUUCAAUGCCUGCAUCCUUUCGAAGCCGUGUCGUGCCAACUGCCCCCACACGCACAAGGAGACCAAACUAAUUGUGCUGCUAGCAAACAUUGGAUUUGGAAUUCUUGCUUUCUUCCACCUCAUUUACUUAGGAGUCAUGUUUGAUUCCACAGAAAUUCAGGAGGAGGGAUACUCUUACAAGCACACUCUUGCCAAGUGGGCUCACCUGAGCUAUGCUAGCCACUGGGUGGCUGGUUUCACGUUCCUCUUCCACUUGCUGAUUUGAUGCUACGUUUGGUACUACAACAUCCCAGUGCCUAUGCGCAGGGCCAGGCGCAAACCCAACUAGCCAAAUCACGCGUCGCGCCACUGAAGCGGAUUUUGCACACUUGAUGAUAUACAUACUUAGCCUUUUUAGACGAAUAUUUAGUCGAGGGUAGCACUGCCCAGGAAAGUGCCAAAGCACAAAAUCAUAUCUUGACAGCGAGAAUGAACGGUAGAAGCUACUUCUGACCUAACGAACUUCCAUCCAUUUUUCUAGCAUUUAUAGAAAGGAUUUGUACAGCUAUUGAAUUGAAUGUUGGACAUUUUCUGAGAUCAGGAUCAGAACCGAUGCAUUUAUUGCAAUAAGAGUAGUCAGUGCGUAGAAUUAAAAUAUCCUCCAAAACUUUUAACUACUAAAUAAUGAACAUGCUCUCUAUGAGUGCCAGCACUAAAAUUAUUACAUGUUUUUGCAUGAGGUAGGAUUUAAUUAGGACUAAUAUUAUUUUUUAACGUAAAAACGUUGAACAUUUCCUCAAAUUAGCAGUAUGUUUUGUGCAAAUAAUCGCAGACUUAUCCUGCUGUAAUCUUCAUAGGUCUAGACUUAAAAUAAUAGGCCUAUUAAGUGGUGCUGAUUUGUCGCAUUUAUCUACUAAUCAUUGUUCGGGAAACUGCCGACCAGAUAUUGUGCAUUUUACCAGACUAGUAUUAUUUUAUUCUAUAGUGCCAUUGUAACAGAUUAUUUGAAAAGCAUGUUAUCAUAAUGUGAACGCGCUCAUCAAUAAAGUAGAUGAUUCGUUUAAAAAUGCA